GGCUUCUGACCCACCCCGUCCCUCUUUCCCACUCAUUUCUCUCUUCGAAUUUAUUAGUCAACCCUCUCUCUCUUCUUAAAUCCUUUGAUCGAUCUAUCUCUCUCUCUCUCUCUCUCUCUCUCAUUCAUUCAUUCACCAUUCCACCACUUUGGUUUUGAUUUCUGACAACAGUGAUUUUGAUCUUUCUCUUUCUCUCAUUGAUUGGGAAUUUUUCGAGUUUUGAUUUCUUCUAACAGAGCAGAAAGGGGCCAUGUUGAUGUUGGUGGACUGUUCAAACUGCCGGACGCCGCUGCAGCUGCCGCCGGAAGCAAAGUCCAUUCGCUGCGCCAUCUGCCACGCCGUGACCCAAAUCGCCGAUCCCCGUAGUCUCCCUCCGCCGCCUUACUCCUCCUCUUCUUCCUCCUUCCACCACCCACCGCCUCCGCCGCCCCCCGCCGUGGCUCCGUCUCCCUACAACCACGCGCCGCCCGGUCCCCCGCCCCCCGCCCACGGCCGGAAAAGAGCCGUGAUCUGCGGCGUCUCGUAUCGCAACACCCGGCACGAGCUCAAGGGAUGCAUUAAUGACGCUAAGUGCAUGAAGUAUUUGCUGGUCAAUCGGUUCAAGUUUCCUGAGUCCUCCAUUCUUAUGCUCACUGAAGAAGAAAUAGAUCCUUACAGGCGUCCAACGAAACACAACAUGAGAAUGGCGUUAUUUUGGCUUGUUCAAGGCUGUCAAUCGGGAGAUUCCCUGGUUUUCCAUUAUUCUGGUCAUGGUUCACAGCAAAGAAACUACACUGGUGAUGAGAUAGAUGGUUAUGAUGAAACACUCUGUCCAUUGGACUUUGAAACUAAUGGAAUGAUUGUGGAUGAUGAAAUCAAUGCAACAAUUGUCAGGCCUCUUCCUAAUGGGGUUAAGCUUCAUGCAAUUAUAGAUGCUUGCCAUAGUGGCACCGUGUUGGAUUUACCAUUCCUCUGCAGGAUGGACAGAGGUGGGCGUUAUUCAUGGGAGGAUCACCGCCCUCGAUCAGGUGUAUGGAAAGGAACUAGUGGUGGGGAAGUCAUAUCCUUCAGUGGUUGUGAUGAUGAUCAAACCUCUGCUGAUACAUCGGCUCUAUCAAAGAUUACUUCGACAGGUGCAAUGACAUUUGCUUUUAUCCAAGCAAUUGAGCGUGGACAUGUAACUACAUAUGGUAACAUGCUGAAUUCCAUGCGGUCUACCAUUCGUAAUACAGAUAAAGAUACUGGUGGAGGAGUUACGACUCUUCUUACAAUGCUUUUGACAGGAGGGAGCCUUGGUGGUUUGUCAAGACAGGAGCCACAGUUAACUGCGAAUGAACUAUUCGAUGUGUAUAGAAAGCCAUUCUCCCUGUAACCAUGGAAGUUCAUCUUCUCAUUUUGUGGAUUAUUAACCGUUUGUGUAUAAUAUGUCGGCUGCUAUUGCGAACCUCUUCGCUCUUAGGAGUAUUUGUAUGUUCAUAAUUUCUCAGGCACUGUCUUCAUAUUGUUUUUUACAUGGAUAUGUAAGAUUGAUUUUGUUCAGGAAAUUUAUUUGUGAUUUUGGGAUAA